AUGCUUUACCGGAGUGCCUACUGCGACUCGCCCUCACCGAGCGAGCGAGGUACAACGUCUCUUGAGAACAGCCACGACUUCACGGUCUCAGAAACAAAAUGGAAGGUGCUUGAGUUGUACCGUGCAAUCGAAUUUCCUCCGGUCUUGGUGUGUCAGAGUCUUAUCGAGGCCUAUUUUGACCAUUGCUGGACAUGGAUGCCGGUCGUGGACCCAUCCUUAAGGGAAACAGCUGCAACAACCUUUCUUGUCAGCCUGACUUCCACCAAGCCUGGGUCGCUACUACUCAUGAACGCCAUGCUUCUUGCUGGUUCCAGAAUGCGCAAGGGCACGAAGCAGUAUUUAUCGAGUGAGGACUUUUAUGCCAGAGCCAAGAUCCUUGUAGAUUUGGAAAUCGAGCGAAACCCGCAGCAUUUACUGCCUGCUCUUUGUAUGAUGCAGUGGUGGAACACUCACAACCCUCGAGAUGUGUCCACAAACUCAUCGCGCUUUUGGAUUACUUACGCAAUUGGAAUUGCCCAGCAAAUGGGAUUGCACACCAGCACGCCUCAUCCCAGUGGCAAUAAAAGAUCGUGGAAAUUGAUUUGGUGGACUCUCUAUGAUUUUCCCUCAGGCUACGAACUACAAUGCAUGCUUUUUUGCAAUUUCGUGAAGAUCUCUGAAAUUAUUAGUGAUAUUUGCCGUACCUUAACAAGACAUCGCAGACUCUCAUGGGAAAUGAAAAAGGUUCUCGUGACCAGGUUACUAGAGUGGAUUGAAAACCUUCCUGGCUUGCUAAGGUUAUACAACGCCAACGGUUCAACUCGACCGUAUCAUUUUGACAUCGCGCAGUUGCACAUCUAUUACCUCAUUGCGCUUUGCAUCCUAUUCCGGCCGUGUUCCAUCUCAGGAAUCAGCCCUGAAAACAGCGCUGCCGUGCUAGCGUCUUCGCUCUGCCAUCGCUUGCUCGAAGGUAUCCAAGUCCGUGAUCAGAUGUCCUACCUCGGACCCAUCUUCAGUUGGUGCAUACUUGUGGCUGCGAUUCCUCAACUCUCAUGUGCAGUCUUUCCAUCACUUUGGAAGGGGUCUCAGUAUAAGCUCGACGACCUGGAAGGGUUCCUGACCUCAUUAGAGUCCAAAUGGCCUUCAGCCAGAUUCAACAUUGGCGAGAUCCACAGGCUUCGAGAGGUCGCCGAUAGUGUAGCCGCCAACCGACUUUCGAUGAGUCGUGGUCAAUCGGUUAUCGAAAUAGAUUCUGCGUGCGCCAUUGCUCCGGAAAAACUUUUCGGGAUUUAUGGUGAGGACGCGUUGCAAUCCUAUGAACAGAUCUACUCCUCGCUAUCCCCGGCCACGCCAGCAGAACAGCAACUGGUGACCCCGGCUCUUCCACAGCUACAGCGACUGCAACAGCCGUUGACGGCUCUGGUACCAAACAGCAUUCAAGAGUUCACCUCCACCGCCUUAUCACCUUCUAACCAGACUGCCUUAUUAUCCGAAGGUAUUUCAUUGACCUCGGAAAUAACACCGAUCCUGUCAAACGAUGCUUUUUCUUUUGAUGAAAAUUGGUAUGAAAUGGACUGGGCGGAUCUAUUGGCGGAGACGGGCGCGCAUGAUCUAAACUAA